AUGUGCCAAUUAUUUUCUUACUUACUGACAAAAAAUCAAUUUUUAGGCGAUCCAGAUGACUUAUCUUUACGGAAAGUUGAAAUGGAAGUAAUGAUUCCAAAGAAAAUGAGAGAGGUAACAAGAGUAGAGAAAUGCUUUAAAGAAGUUAAAGAAUUUUCAGAAUGUGGUAAAAAUGCUGGUUUACUGAUAGUGAUAAAUUGCAGACAAGAAAAUACCAAAUUAAAAGAAUGCCUUACGAAAUGGUAUCAAAACGAUGAAUUUAAAGAACGGUGUAAACAAGAAUACCUGAAAGAACGAUCAGAAUACAGGCGAACUGGAAUAACUACGAAAGAAAGGAAAAGAAUAGGGAUGUAA